AUGCAUCAGUGUACGGCUAAGUUUGGUCAAGAAAAUCCUGAGUACUGGUUUAUUUUUUGCUGCUUUACGACUGUUUGUCCCCUUAUCUUUGCCAUUCUCGCCUACAUAACUGCAAUUUACUCGGAUGAACGCCCCGCUAGAAGUCUCGAGGACAACAAGUACAGACGAUAUGAAUCUGUGACCUGCAAAUUCCACAAUAAAUCAUGCUACGAGCGAGAAGGAUAUCCAUUUUAUCAACGAACAAUGACGAGGAAAACGAAAGAAACAGACAAUGGGCGAUCUUUGUUUAUCCAACCAAACAUCAACAGCAAAAAAGAAAAUUGCUCAAAAAGCCAGUUCUCCGCUAGCCUACGAUCUCGAGCCUCAGAGGGCGCUAGAACUCCGAUUCAAGAAUCUGCUGACCGAAGAAGCUACGUCAUUUCAUCCAAGGGCAUUAACAAUAGUUCUGAUUCUAGCUCUUCAAUUUCUGUUUGA